AUGAGGUUGCUAGCUGGAAUGAGCCUUCUUCUGACUUUGUCUGCUAUGGUCGAAGCAGUGCCUCAUUCCAACCUCGCGCAACCAUUGGCUGUGGUCUAUCGCGGCAACCAAGCCCCCCGCGAAUGCUCUGACAGUGUCGGCAAACUUCUUACCAAUUCUGAGUACAACUUUAAAGUUACCUACGCUGGACCGACCGAAGAAGUGGAUCUCAGCCCGGAACUUCUCUCGCAAGCCUCCAUCUACGCUUACCCUGGCGGACCAGACGUGGGUCGCUCUUGGAAAGAACUCAAAGAGCAUGGAGACACAAUCAGGAAUUUUGUCCGUGCUGGUGGCCGAUACAUGGGGUUCUGCUUGGGAGCUUACCUUGCCGGACAAUCUGCGCUCGACCUUCUUCCUGAGGGUAUUGACGUUGGCUCUGAGAUCCAGCAAGAUAAUUCCCAAGUUAAAGGCCCCGAGGAUACCACGAUUCAAGUGGACUGGACGUUCAAUGCUAGCACUGGAAAUUCCCGCCUAGACCAAGGUCGAUGGGCAUACUUUCAAGAGGGAGCAGUUGUCUUAGGCUUCAAGGGCGAUGAUCCCCGCGUUGUUGGCAGAUACUCACGCAAUAAGGAUGUUGCUGCCUCUAUUACUCCUUAUGGUAAAGGAUUUGUCGGCCUUGUCGGCCCGCACCCUGAAGCGGAUGCGAAGUGGUACUCGGACGCCGAAAUUACGAAUCCAGAUGGAAUUAAAACAGACAUCGGAUAUGACUUUAUCAAAUCGACCAUGCAAGGAAUUUCUGUACCCAGUAGAAAGACUGGUAAUUAG